AUGGCGCCAGAAACCCCCAGGGGAGUCUCUUCGAGGCUCUUGACGAUGAAAUUCAUGCAAAGAGCCGCUGCGACAGCAUCGUCGCCGACAACACCAGGCUCCGACACCGACGGCCAUUCAGCGAAGAAACGGAAGCUUGGCCACAACUCGGCGGCACAAGCAAAGCUCAUCGCGGAUAUCGACAAAGCCUCUAUACAGGCGGCAAUUGAUGAACGAGAAGCAAAGCGCCAGGCCGCAUUAGAGAAACACUCCGGGCUUGACACUCGCUGGGUUUUAGAUACUAAUUGGGAUAAGAAACCCCUUGGUAAACCGCAGUCACAGCCACUCAAAGUUGUCUACGUUGGAUACGGCGAUAUUGAUUCAUCGGAUGAUGAGUCACAAGAUGAUCCUAAAUGCGGGCGAACUUCGACACGGAACUACAAGCAAGCCCCAGCUGAUAAACAAAGCCAGAAAAACACAUCAGAUGGGGGAGAUGAUUCAGAAGACGACUCUUCGAAUGACGAGGAUUCAGACGAUUCACCCAGCAGCCAUGCAAAUGGCAAUAGCCCACUCUCACGCAGACGGAAAGAUCCAGCAGCAAACCCCAGACAGAACCCGGAAAACUCGAAAGCAAAGGAGUUCCGCGACAAGCGGAAGAAGAAGGAGGUCAAGCUCAGUAAGCUAACCUCCAUAUCAUCAGGUGGCAUAUCUUCAGGCGGCGAUGCCUCGAAUCGCAACAAGGCCUUGAAAUGCUACAACUGCCACCAAGUCGGCCAUAGAGCUUCUGACUGCCCAAAUUCAAGCUCAAAGGGCCAGAAGAAAAGAAGUUGA